UCAACCUCGGCUCCGGGUCCAACUCGAGCAGUCUGGACGAUCUGAGCGAUGUGGACGACACGGCGGCGAUGACGACCUCUCAGGAAGAUGAGCAGGAGCCGGUCCAAAAUAGCUGCCGAGGCGAAGAGUCAGAUCAACAACAGGACCGCAGCGCGACAGCAGCUUGUGACGACGGAGUGUCGGCGGUCCAAAAUACUCACCGUGAGAACCACCAGCAGCGAGAGGAUGUUGACGGCGGUGGCGCUCGUGACGACAGCGCCGGGGAGAGCCAUUCUCUGGCCGUGAGGACGGACGAUGAGAAAAUGCGUGCAAAGACACGGCGGCGGCUGCUCGAGCAGCGCGACCGAGCGGACCCGGGUCUUAGUCUUAGCUCGGGAGCAGCCGUCGACGGCCAUCGCGACGGCCAUCGUGUUGUGUCGGCAGAGGAAGAGGAUGUGCCCCAGCCCAAGCUGACCGCCGUCUCCUCAGUCCUCAGUGGUGGUGGUGCUUCCUCAGGUGUUCCGCGUCGGUCGGAGUCCGAAUCCUUGGUGAAUCAUUCCGAGCCGCGGCCGGUCGAGCAAAUCAUGUCCAUCGUCGACGGCGACACGGUGACGACCAACGCCGCCGCCGCCGCCGCUCUGGUGGUGAAUACAAGUGACAGUAGACGGUUGGCCCCGGUGGAAUCACCUCCACCAUCGCCACCGCCACCGCCAGUAGCGAAGGCGAUCCCGUUACCGCCGCGCAGCAGCAGUGAGGUGACUAAUCGGGGACAUCCGAAGAUCGAACCGUUACCACCGCCACCACCGUUGCCCGGACGUCCGGGGGCCACCCCCUUGCCGCUGUUACCGCUGACCGUCGAGGCACUGUCGACGACGGCUUCGGGCAAUGGCGAUGGUCAAAUUCCUGGUGGCGAUCAUUCUAGUCAAGCUGAUCCUGCAGAUGCUGAUCCGAGUGGUGCGCAAGAUAGUGUCGAUGCAGUAGUACCCAUCGAAACGGUGCCCAGUGCGGACCAGAGCGUUCUGCUCAAGUACAUCCACGGCACAGAAGAAGAUACCGCAGUCCGGCCGGCCGCCGAACGGAAGAGGUCCAGUUCGAAGAAAAAAUCGUCGUCAUCGCUAACCCAACCGGACGACUCGGGGGCCAGCGGCUCCGGGAAGCGCAGUAAACCGGCGGUCGUCCCUCGCAGUGGUCCGGGCAACGACGACGUAGACCGUGGACCAAAAAUAGAACACAUCAACGGUGGUGCUGCCGGUGCUGUUGCUGCUACUGCUGCUGGUAGUGGUCAGUACCAGCGCGUGAACGGUGGUGGUUAUGAAGCAACUGCACCACCACCGCCUAUCGCUACCCCCGUGGCCCCCGUCUCGACGGUGGGCGUAGGCGAGUUUCGUGCGACAAUGACGGGUAAGCUGGACGGUCCCGAUCGCGAUCUGCGCUCCGAGCUGUGCCGCACUAAGGACGCCGAACUGUUGGCCGAGUUCCGCAAGCUGGAACAGGAGACGGCACGGUACGAGCAGGAGCUGCAGAAGAUAUCGGUCCAGCAGCGCGAGGAGCGUGUGCUGACCGAAAACCGGACCUACGUCGUGUCGAAGCAGCACGACUUUGUGGUCAACUCGGAGUGGACUAACAAUGGCACAUCCGGGAGGAUGCGAAACGGUACCUCGACGAAGAUUCCCGCUCCACAGCCGAGUCGGGGUGAUCCGAGAGGCCAACAGCCAGCACCGGCGGCAAUACCUGGUCCUCCACCGGCACUGCCCACAGCAGCAGCCGCAGCAGCAGUUCAGGAUCAGGAAGAGCAGGAGUACUGCACGAAGAAGGUGAAGGAGCGCGUCCAGGAGCUGAUGGCGUCCGAGGCGGCUCGCGCUGCCGCUGGACCCGUGGUCCGACGGAAUGGGGCCACCGCAACGGUGAGUGCCCCGUCGACCCCGACCGCUAGCCGCCGGAAGCACAUCGAGGCCGAGUUUCGCCAGUUCCGGGAGCUCCGUGCCCAAGAGCAGCAGCAGCUGAAAGCCGGCCAUGUUGUUGGAGCCUGUCAGGUGCCAUCGAAAAUCCCACUCCCCGUCGUGGGGUCAUCCCCGGUCGGUGGGAAAAGCGCUCCUAGUGGCCUCGACGAUCAGCAGAGCGGCGAGGAUGCGGUCCGGGUGAACGUGGCCGCACUGAUCGCGACGCACCAGGAGAAGCAGGCUAGCCAGGCACCCCCGUUGGGCCAGCUCCGGAAUCGGGUACCCUUGGUCGCCCCUCCUGAGACGGCCUGUCAGCCACCGGGUUCCGCACCGCCCGCAGUGACCGAUGCGUCCGACGAAGUCGUGGUUAGUGUCAGCGACAAGUGUCAACAGUUUGAGCGACGGAUCCGCCAGAACUCGAUCGGGCAGCAGUGUCCGGGCGAUGGCUGGGCAGGAGGACCUGAGCCGCAGGCGGGGCCAACGCCACCGCCACCGCAGGCAACACCGAAACGGGCGCUGAAGGGUACGCACGAGCGGCAGAUGAGUGGUAAUGCGUGUGGUGCCGACUGCUCCGAGGCCGAUUUGCUGCAUGAAAUCGAUCACGCCCUAGUGCUUGCUAAAGACUUCCUGUUCACGCGCGGCGUUUGGUCUCCGUUCAACCGGUCCACCGAGGUGCUGACGAAGGAGGAACUUGCGGAACGAUCGGCCGCCGCCAGCAGCGGCAAGCCACCGUCCGAACCCCUGCAGCCCGUCUGGGUACCACGGAGUGCCCCGCCCUCCCCGGCCAGCGAGCGGCGCGAGUUCCGACCGAUCGGCUUCGAGUCGCCGACCCCGUCCCGGCGAACCGUCGGCACACCGUCACCUGCCUCGGUGGCCGCCCCCUGGACGCAGCCCGGCUACACUCCGCCGGUGGAACCGACGAUCCAACCGACCGGCGUCACCACCGCGCCACCCCAGCAAGUGCGCUUCCCGCCGCUACCACGUGGCACUUCCGGUGGGGCAUCGGAACCGACCAUCAAUUCGCUGCUCAAAUCGAAAGAUGGUAAGACUGCCUCGGUAACAUGCACUGACACCAACACAGCGGCGGUCACCACCAGCAGCAGCACGGUGGCCAAGGCCUUCUACCAGCAGCAGAGUGGUGCCACCACCGUUCGAAGUGCCAGCAGCCCAGCGAUCCCACUACCUGCCCCUGACAGGAUGCAGUCCACCACCAGCCACCACCAGGUGGUCCACCAGCCCAAAGUGGACGGAAUCGGUCCGACGACCCGGGAGGGUAUGCCACUGACGCUGCGAUCGGAAAUAGACGAAGGCAACCGCGACAAGUGGUACAAGCAGAUGUAUCAAACGCUCCACAAGGCGCACGACGAUGACGAUUAUGUGACCGUGCGGUACAAAACACGUAAAGGUUAUCCGUACAAGUCACCGGGCGGUUACCAGUCGGAACCGGAGCCGAACUACGAUUCGGACUACACGAUCAAGUACAGCACCCUCGACCGCAGGCGAACUCCGAUCGGGUUGAGCCCUACGAGUUACAACAAAUUCAACACCUUGCAACCAAACCCCGGCGGAAGUCAACAGGCCUCAGUCCAGCAGCCACCGGUUCGUGCCCGGAACGUCGUACCGUACCGGAACCAGCCGGGCCGGAUAGAGAACUACACACCGGGACGAUCGUCCAUCUCGGACAAGGAAUCGAAAGAGCACCAAAAGCAGCUGACCACCAGCAAGACGUACGAGGGCAACCUUUCGAGGGCCCUGCUGAAGGAGCAACAAGGGUACGAGAGCGACUCGACGCUCGUGUUCCGGAAACGGGUCGAUCAGGUGGACGCUGGAUCCGCACUUAGCCCGGUGGAGCAGAAGCAACACUACCGCACGAUGCAGGCCGGCGGUGAAAUUCCGCUCCACGGCUUUCGCAAACCGGCACCGGAAAAACCAAAAGAUCGUCCGGACUGCGAGCUGCGGGUGGAGAUCCAGGAGCAAGUGACCACACGCCCCUGUACGAACCCGUUUCUGAGCGCACCGCCGUCCGCACCGAUCGCAUGCUAUCCGAUCACGAGCAUUGCCCGGCCACUCGACCUAUUCGGAGCGUUUCCACGUGAGACGCGCACCUUCGUACCGCCGGCCCCACCGAGUCGCAAGUCUUCCCGCAGCAACUCCACGCUGCGGAUCAUCGCAAGGACGACGGCGAACUACGGUGCCCCACGGACGCUGGUGCGCCGGGCGGACGGGCAGCAGCAGGGCGUCAACUAUCGCUCCAAAUCGGCCGGACCAGCGAUGGCGGCUGCGUCCGCGAAGGAGGAGAAAAACCACGAGAACAGUACGCGCGUGGCGAAACGUUCGGGCGGCUCCCGUAGUCCGACCACCUCUGGCCAGCAGCAGCAGCGUCGGGCCAGCCCGAGUCCGGUCGCGUUCGGGCGUGGCAUCUCCAAGGAGCGCACGUUUGCCGAGGAAAAGAAGCGCAUCGAGGAGAAACUCCCGAAGGUGGUCUCCGUGUCGACGAGCAUCCUGCGCAAUCCGGACCUUCGCUCACCGAACGAGGUGAAGAAGGCGCUCCGCAGCUCGUACCUGGUGCCGCCGGCGCAGCCGCGUGAUCUGUACGCCACGUUCGGCCGUGGUCGCUCCUCGCCGUCGUCCUCGUCGUCGGUGAAACGGUACUGCUCCCAGAGUGUCUACUCCUCGACGAGGAGCCUCCAUCGGGGUACAGGAGCAGCUCCCAAGAAAGAGACGGCCGCCUCCGUCGUGAAGGCCACCGUGACGAAGCCGAGGGCGCACAUCCGUCGACCGAGCGUCACGAUCAAGACGAGCUUCGAGCGAGCGGCCGCCGUCCAAAAGUCCAAGUCGAGUUCCAACCAGAGCCUGGCCAGGACCAGCUCCACGUACUCGAUCGAUUCGACGCCCAGCUCGAAGCGUCGUUCCCGCGUGUCGUACAUUCCGGCCAGUACCUGCCACACGCUUCCCCUGACGAGCGCCAGACGCGGCGCUGCUGCGGCCACCACUUCGGCCCGGCUGAAGCCCCGGCACGCUGGUAGUCUCGAUCGGAAGAUCACCAUCGUCGGACCGAAGAGGCGAUCGGAAGACGGCGUCAAUGAACGGUACAGUGAGCACCUUGUCCAGCGGACUGCGGAUAGCAUAAGGACGGAUUCGUUCUUCCGGAAUCUGUUCCUCAAACCGGGCGACAGUGCGGCGGUCGUCAGUGGUCCGGUCAGCAGCGUGCUGGAGAAGGCUCGGCUCUGGAACAGCCUGGCGAGCCGUUCGGAACCAUCGCUUCGGAAGUCGGCCACGUCCUCAGGCGCACGUGAGGCUGCCGGUGAGGUGAUCGAGCAAGUGAACCGCUUCGAGUCACUGGUGAGACUCAGCGACGAGCAGGAUUCGCAGCAGUUCGGGUACGUCCGCGGGAGGCGCAUGAAGAUUGAUUACAGCAGCAGCUACCACGAGCGGAGUCGCAGUGAGCCUCCGACGACGACGACAACGACGAUGACCACCACCACUACCAGAUCGACCGUGAUCCAGGAGGAGCUGGUGGGUACGGGAGGCGCUCCCCGAACGAUUGUGGGCCGGCGAGUGGACGUUGCCAAGCGUACCUCACGGUCACCCUCGUGUCGUCGCAUAAGGACACUGCGCAGUGAGGGUCACGUCCGGCAGAUCGUUCGUGCGCGAAGCCUGAGCGCCAACGAGCGGCAGUCCCACCCGUCGGCGGAACUGGUACGCAGCCACUCGCUCAACCUCGGUGGUGGCGGUGGUGGUGGGGUCUCGCGGGCACGGUUCCGUGAGCUGAACCACUUCUACAGCAGCCUCGAGCGGCUCGGGCAGUUGGAGCACGUCACCUCCUGUUCGUCGGGUGAUCUGCGGGCCAGGGCGCUGGGGGCCCGCCCCGGUGAGGACAUCAUCGACUACGACCUGUGGAAGCGGGUCCGGGAGCACGAGAGGGCCGAGCGGGAGUUGUGGCAGCUGCGGAGCAAACUGAAACAGGAUCAGCGCGAGCGAGACUUUUUCUUUCUGCCCCGCGACCCGGCGGAUGUGCGCUGGAACCGGGACCAGGAUAUGGGGCUGCGACAGCGCGAACGUUCAGUCGAGGACCUGAAGGGGGUGUUAGCCCAGCAGGCGCGGGCGUUCGAGGGGGCCAAACUGCGGCAGCUGGCGGUCGUGAAGGACCACUACAAGCCGCUGUGGCGCGGUUCGUCCGUCCUGGACGUGGCCACCCAGCUCGAGGAGCGAUACUGCGGGGCGGAAGACGGGGUGGGGGGCGAGAAGCGGGACGACAGCGGGGGGCCACAUUCGCUCGAUUCGGCGGCCAGCAAGCAGCGGUACGGCGUCAUCAGCAGCACCCUGCUCAGUACGCUCAGCUCGGAGCAGAUGCGCAAGCUGAAGUGUCAGCUGAGUGAGAUCUACAGCGGAGGCGGAGGUGGAGGUGAGGUGGAAGAGGAGUACGUCAUUAACGUGCCGGAGCGGGCCAACCGACUGGAGACGCUGCUCCGCGUGCGCAGCCACUCGGUCCUGACGAAGGAUCAGGUGCAACUUCCGGGUCCUGCGAGGGAGGUGGGCGUCCCGGACCGGAAGACGGUGGGGCGCGCCGCGGAAGUCGAGGCGAUGGAGCGGCGCGUCACGUCACUGUCACGAUCCCUCUGCCAGGAGCUGAAAAGCAAGAUGGCCGUCAACCACCACUCGCUGCCGGUCAUCGGGAGCAAGCGAAAGGACCGACCGUCGAUCCUGCCGGUGGAGGGCGGUGGUGGUGGGGGCGAGCGUUUCCACUCGCUCGAGCGCGGUCUCAGGAAGCACGCGCAGCGGCAGAAGGAAGCGACGUAUGCGGACGCGGACGAAAGUGCCUCGUCGGAGACGUCCAACCGGACGGUGAUCUUCCGGACCACCGCCAGUGGUGGCGCCGUGGUUGACCCACCACCACCCCCCUCGGACCCGUCUGCCACGGCGGAGGACAUCAAGAGCCGGAUACGGUACUUUGAGGAGAAGCAGUCGGACGUGGAUGCGGCACCGCCCGUCACGGUGUACCGGGCGCGGGACGACUCCGAGUCCCCCUCGGAGGAGGACGACGCAACGGUGGGGGUGGCGGCGGCGGACGGGGGGCAGCGAACGUCGCUGGCACACUCCCAGUCAUUCACCGACCUGAAGGACCUGUUCGGUGAGAAGCGCUCCGUGUCCUGCUCGUACGCGCCCUUCACGCUCCGCUCGCGCAGCUCCACCCCGGACUACGGGGCGGGUCUGCAGCCGGGCGAGGUGAAGAAGAUCGCCGGCAAGUUCGAGUCCGGCUCGUGCAGCCCGCCGCCGCCGGCCCCGCGCCACUAUCAGAGUGAUUCCGAGUUGACGGGCACGACGAGUGGUGGCCCCGUCCGGGCGCACGAAUCGGGCGACGUGUCCCGGAUGACGCACCGGUACGAGGUGCAGGCACGGUUACCCCGCUGCCGGAAGCGCAAGGAGCGCAUCGCGUCGCCGAUCCCGCGGCAUCCGGCCCUGCGCCGGGACGACCGCUUCAUGCCGCACAUCAACGUGAUCAGCAAGACGGCCUCGCUGAAGCGCGAAAUCGGGGGUGGAAAGAGGGUUGGUGCCGGUGCCGCCACCCGCCGGAGUGCCUCGUCCGGCAGCGAGGAGUUCGAGCGGCUCAAGAGUAAGUUCGAGUGCGGCGGCGGCGGAGGCGGCGGUCCUUUGGGCGGCCUUUCGCUGGUCGGCAAGAUGUACACCUCGGUGCCGGACAUGCGCGAGCUGAAGGACAUCUGCGGGCACCUGUCCGGUGAGUGGAUCGCCCACCAGUUCCCCAAGCCGGCCGACAAUGCUCGCCGGCCACCGGGCGCCGGGCGCCGCGGACCCACCGCGCCUUCGAGUCCCACCUCCCCGAGUCCCGAUCCUCACCACCAUUCCCACCGGCACCACUCGGUUCGCUCAGAUCGUCCUCAGACCGACGGCGGCGGCGCAGAACCACCCAAGUCCAAGCCCAAGUCCGGAACCGAGCCCGGUGGCCCCUCAGCGUCGUUCCUCAAACAGUUCUACGACCAUCGUCGCACCAAGUUGGAACCGGAAUCGGAGCCUGGGGGCCGGACAAAGUCCGAUCGUCCCGUGUCCGAUCGGCAGCGCGAGGCGGAAGCCCUCUGGAGAAAGAUCCAAUCGAUGGCCAACAAGUCGACCGUCACAUUCGAAGAACCGCACAUCACGUUCCCAUCGCCCCCCCUGAAAGGAGCACCACCGUCGACACCGCCAACACCACCACCACUACCCUUCCUUCCAUCACCGUCAUCGAUCGGUCUGAGUUCGAACGGCGCAGAAUCUCCACGGCGUUACAUCGAGAGCGAUGUUAACAUCCACUACAAAACACCGAUCCGGUUCGAGUACAAGGACCCGAUCCCGGACGAUGAGCUGGCGUACCGGCAGGCGGAGCAUAUGCGCCGCGUGUACCAGGAGGAGCGCCGCCGGAAGUACAUCAACGAGCUGGAGGACAUGCACUCGCGGCGCCACACGGACAACAUACUGCCGUCGCAAAAGUCACCGAUCCCGCUCAAUCGGUACGACGACUUUGCCGCGGACCUUUCGCCCAAACCGCAGCAGCCGCCGCUGAAGACGAUCGCACGCGCACUCUACAACUUCCAGGGCCAGAGCAUAAGGGAGCUGUCUUUCCGCAAGGGGGACAUUAUUUAUCUCCGGCGGCAGGUGGACAAAAAUUGGUACGAAGGAGAGCACAACGCCACCGUUGGGCUACUGCCAGCAAACUAUAUCGAGAUUCUCACCAGGGAUAGCGCGAAUGUCGCGAUCAGCAAACCGGCGCUUACCAAACGGCACCCCGUCCGGGAGGGAAAGGCCCGGGCAAAGUUCAACUUUACCGCACAAACGGCCGUCGAGCUGUCGCUGCUGAAGGGUGAACUGGUCACCCUGACGCGCCGGGUGGACGACAAUUGGUUCGAGGGCAAGAUCGGCAGCAAAAAGGGCAUCUUUCCGGUAUCGUAUGUAGAGAUACUAACCGAUAUUGAUGGUGCCGAAAGCUACGAUAUCGAGCCGGUCGUCAGUAAGCCAGUCGUGCAUCACCAACCGGCGGCGCAAUCACUCACCACGCACUACGGCACCACCACGCACAGCAAUGGGCGCGUUUCUCCCGGGAUCGUGCGGGAAACGAAGACGGUGCAGAAAACGGAAGUUCUGCACGUCGACACGUCCAACGAACCGAUUUCUUACCGAGCCCUGUACAACUAUAAACCACAGAACACGGACGAGCUGGAGCUGCACGAAGGGGACAUUGUGUACGUGUUGGAAAAGUGUGACGACGGUUGGUACGUUGGGACCUCGGCCCGCACCGGGUGCUUCGGGACGUUCCCGGGCAACUAUGUCAACAAAAUGUGAGAGGGUCAAACCUAGCCGGACCACACCACAAUGACGUGGAGAGUGCGAGCUAACAUCACGAAAAGCAGCAGCUAGUAGAGUAUAGGGUCCUUGCCAAUCGUUGUAGAACCAAGUUUUUAUGCCACAAAGAAAAAUACCAAAAAAUUAACCAUUAUCGACGUAGUUCUCCCACUAGUCAUUUACUGGUAACUACACCACAUUUUAACAAAGCAACCGUUUGUUGAUCGUUCACGGACAAAGGAAGUGAACCGUAAUGCGUUUUAUAGAGGAGAAUCUGUUGGAAACAAAGCAACAAAGAGACUAACACACCACGACGGCAGGGCGGCCGCUGUCCGCAGUCUUUCUACCGGUUGGCCUUAACAACAAUUUGAAAAACGGAUGUGCCUUCAAAGUGAGCAGCAAACGAAACGAAAACGUGACCCCCGCGCGUUCGCUGCGUGAGAUGAACGCAGGGAGCAGGGAGUUAUGGGAAAACACAAUCAGGAUACGUGUGUCGGCCAUUAUACUGUGAGCAGAUUUCAGAAACCUAUUACUACGAACGAAAGGUACAAGCCAUCUCUCCGGGGAAGAGAGCCAGUUAAAGACAGGAAAGCGAUCGAGGAGCGAGAUCAAAUGUUUAUAGCUAGAGACACCCUUGUUGGAGCCGGAUUAUUUUGUGAGUGACACACGAGCGCACCCGCAGCACGACCACCACUUUGUACUUGAACUCGGGAUCGUCCUCCGUGAAAGGCCAACGAGCAGAUAUUCACUGUUACGGAACUCUGCAGCCACUCUAACUCUAACCUCUAACAUCUAGUAGUGAGAAUCAAGUUAACCUCUUCACUUCACUCGUAAGCAAUAUAACAAGCGGAACACGGGCCCGCGGUGGGUAGUGUUCGAGAAACAAGAGUGACCCCUCGAUGUACCGCGGCGUGAUACUAAAAAGAGAAUUGUCCACUAAACACAUUAUACUCGUAGUAGGCCGUACGUUUUACUGACACACUACAUCAUACACACCAAAAUUACACACCGCUAGCUGUUCCGUUGAGUGUGGUUCCAUAAUAAACAAACUAGCAAACCCA